AUGGACGAUCCCGAGGUGUUGCUGCCGUCGAUCGAGCGGCGGACAAAGCAGCUGCGGCAGCAGGAGCAGAUGCUGCGGGAAGCCGUGACGGCCGCGUCGCGCAGGAAGGAGACGAGCGCGGCGGCGCUCAGGACCGCCGAGGACGCGCACCAGCAUCUGCUGCGCGAUCGAUUCCCCGCGCUUAACGCGCAGGUGAAUGCGCAGCUGGACGCCAUGGCCGCCCAUGCCGCCGCCAUCGCCGCCUUCCUCUCCCCCGCGCCGCUGUUGCUACCCUCUCCGUGCACCCCUUCAAUAGGCCCGGGGUCGCUAGCAAUGGUGGCGGGGGUGGAGCCGCUGCUGGAGACGCAGGAGGAGGUGGCGCUGCAGCAUGAGGUGUGGAAGCGACGCCAGUUCGACGAGGGGCCGUCCCGGGCGGUGGCGUUGGAGGGGUUGGGGCAGUACUCGCCAUGUGACCUCAAUGACCUGGAUUCUGCCGUCAUCGGGGGGGACGAUGGACCUUCCAACGACACGCCAGACGCCAUCUAUCGGCGCAACAUCAGGGAGCUCAAACACGUGCAUGACCUGGCGGGGGAGGCGGAGCAGCGCUAUGUGGCAGCAAUGGUGGACGAGGCCCGCUGGACCGCCAGGGGAAGGGCGCUGGGCAGGUGA